AUGGCAUCGGAGAGCGGGAAGCUAUGGGGUGGCCGGUUUGUCGGCUCAGUGGACCCCAUCAUGGAGAAGUUCAACUCGUCCAUCACGUACGACCGGCACCUCUGGGAGGCAGACGUGCAAGGCAGCAAAGCCUACAGCCGGGGCCUGGAGAAGGCGGGGCUCCUCACCAAAGCCGAGAUGGACCAGAUACUCCAUGGCCUGGACAAGGUAGCUGAGGAAUGGGCUCAGGGCACCUUCAAACUAAACCCCAAUGAUGAGGACAUCCAUACGGCCAAUGAGCGACGUCUGAAGGAGCUCAUUGGUGAAACUGCGGGGAAGCUGCACACGGGACGAAGUCGGAAUGACCAGGUAGUCACUGACCUCAGGCUGUGGAUGCGGCAGAAUUGUUCCACGCUCUCAGCCCUCCUCUGCGAACUCAUCAGAACCAUGGUGGAUCGGGCAGAGGCGGAACGUGAUGUCCUCUUCCCAGGGUACACACACCUGCAAAGAGCUCAGCCCAUCCGCUGGAGCCACUGGAUCCUGAGCCAUGCCGUGGCUCUGACCAGAGACUCUGAAAGGCUGCUGGAGGUGCGGAAGCGGAUCAAUGUCCUGCCCCUGGGGAGCGGGGCGAUUGCAGGCAACCCCCUGGGUGUGGACCGGGAGCUGCUCCGAGCAGAACUGGACUUUGAGGCCAUCACUCUCAACAGCAUGGAUGCCACCAGUGAGCGAGACUUUGUGGCCGAGUUCCUGUUCUGGGCUUCACUGUGCAUGACCCACCUCAGCAGGAUGGCUGAGGAUCUCAUCCUCUAUGGCACCAAGGAAUUCAGCUUCGUGCAGCUCUCAGAUGCCUACAGCACUGGAAGCAGCCUGAUGCCCCAGAAGAAAAACCCAGAUAGCCUGGAGCUGAUCCGGAGCAAGGCGGGGCGAGUGUUUGGGCGGUGUGCUGGGCUCCUGAUGACACUCAAGGGACUUCCGAGCACCUACAACAAGGACUUACAGGAGGACAAGGAAGCCGUGUUUGAAGUGUCCGACACCAUGAGUGCCGUCCUCCAAGUGGCCACUGGCGUCAUCUCUACCUUGCAGAUUCACCGUGAGAACAUGGGACGGGCUCUGAGUCCUGACAUGCUGGCCACUGACCUCGCCUACUACCUGGUCCGCAAAGGGAUGCCAUUCCGCCAGGCCCACGAGGCCUCCGGGAAAGCCGUGUUCAUGGCCGAGACCAAGGGGGUCGCCCUCAAUCAGCUGUCACUGCAGGAGCUGCAGACCAUCAGCCCCCUGUUCUCGGGAGACGUGAACCACGUGUGGGACUACGGACACAGCGUGGAGCAGUACGAGGCCCUGGGGGGCACCGCGCGCUCCAGUGUCGACUGGCAGAUCGGCCAACUGCGAGCUCUCCUCCGGGCACAACAGGCCUAA